AUGACUAUAAAAAUGAGUUCUGAUGAAGAAGAUUUUAAUGACAUUUAUGGCGAUGAUGAACCAUCUGCCACUGUUGAAGAGAAUAAGGCUGUAGAAGCUGCUACUGAACUAGUUAAAGAAAAUGAUCAAGAUAAUUUAGCUGCUUCCAUUGAUGCUUCUUCAGAAAACGAUAAUAACAAUAAUAAUGCCACUGAAGAGGUUAGUAACAGUAAUAACAACGAUAACAACGUAUCUUCAUUAGAUCAAUUAGCUGCAUUGCAAGCUUUAUCUUCUAACUUGAAUCAAAUUAAUAAUAAUUCUGACAAUGCAAAUAAGGACAUGUCAAGUAAUUCCAAUGAUUCUACUGUAAAUUCUGAAAAUAAAACAGCUUUGCCUUGGGAACAACUACAACAAACUAUGUCCCAAUUCAACCCUCAACAACCGCAACAACAAACAGUAGAAAACAACAAUGAAGCACAAAAGCGUGUAAAGGCUGAUAUCUCUAAAGAUAAUUGUAAAAUGUUCAUUGGUGGGUUGAAUUGGGAGACCACAGAAGAAGGUUUAAGAAAUUACUUCAAUAAGUAUGGUCAUGUUAUAGAUUUAAAGAUCAUGAAGGAUCCAAACACGGGUAGAUCGAGAGGUUUUGGGUUCUUAACUUUCGAAUCUCCAUCCUCCGUUGAUGAAGUCGUUAAAACACAACAUAUUUUAGAUGGUAAAGUUAUUGAUCCAAAGAGGUCAAUUCCAAGAGAAGAACAAGAUAAGACUGGUAAAAUCUUUGUUGGUGGUAUUGGUGCUGAUGUAAGACCAAAGGAGUUUGAAGAAUUUUUCGCAAAAUAUGGUACUAUUAUUGAUGCACAAUUGAUGUUAGAUAAAGAUACAGGUAGAUCAAGAGGUUUUGGGUUUGUCACAUAUGAUUCUCCAGAAGCUGUAGAUAGAGUCUGUGAAAAUAAAUACAUUGAAUUUAAAGGUAAACAAAUUGAGAUUAAAAGGGCCGAACCAAGACAUCUACAGAAGGGUCAAUACGGUGGUGCUAAUCCUAACAAUCGUAAUUCUAACAACUACAAUUCACAUUCUAUGAAUAUGGGCACAGGUGCCAAUAGUGUAGCGAUGAAUACUGCUGCUGCUGCCGCUGCGAUGUACCAAAACCCAAUGGUGGCUGGUUUCAAUCCAAUGAUGGCCGGCUUUAAUCCACAAGCUAUGCAAGACUACUAUCAAAAGAUGCAAGAGUAUUAUCAACAGAUGCAACAACAAACAGGUAUUGAUUAUACACAAAUGUACCAACAACAAAUGCAACAGAUGGCAAUGAUGAUGCCAGGCUUCGUAAUGCCACCUCAACAACCACAAACAGGAUCACAAUCACCACAAAGUUCAUCCAUGACUGUAGACAACAACGGAUCUAAUUCUGUUGACGUUCAGACAAUCGGCGAGAACAGUGAUACAAAGAAUAAUAAUGCCACAAAUGAUGAUAACGGAAAUGUAAAUAACAACAGUAGCAGUAGUAGUAGCAAUAAUAUGGAUAGGGAUAAUAAGAGUUCCAAUGAUUCUAGAUCCAAUACACCAGAUGUAAAUAUUCCAAGAGGUCCAAAGGAUCCUUCCUCUAUUCCAUCUCAUGGUGGCUAUCCACAUCGUGAACGCGGAGACCGUGGGGACCGUAGGGGACGUCGUAUAGAUCGUGGCGGUUACCGUGGUGGCUCUGGCAACAAUUACCGUGGUGGUCGUAGUGGAUAUAACAGACGUAAUAAUAACGGAUAUCAUCCAUACAACAGAUGA